UUUUUUUUUUUUUUUUUUUUGUGUUUUUGGUUGUCUGCAACUGCGUCUGAACCUUCAAUCACGCAUUCUUCUCAUUCUAGAAGACUUCUCCCCUAAGCAAAAAGCCCUCUCUCUGUCUCCUCUCUAAUCAACGUCAGCUAAGCGACUGUCAAACAAUCAGACGGCGGUUACCGUAAAUGGAGAACGCCGACGUUUUCUUAGGAUUGCAAGAUUUUCUAGAGCGUAUGCGCCAGCCUUCCGCUGCUGAUUUCGUGAAAUCUAUCAAAAGUUUCAUAGUUUCGUUCUCCAACAAUGCUCCUGAUCCCGAAAGGGACAGUGCGGCCGUACAGGCAUUCUUUGCCAACAUGGAAGCUGCUUUUCGAGCUCAUCCGCUUUGGGCUGGAUGUUCAGAGGAGGAGUUGGACAGUGCUGGUGAAGGAUUGGAGAAGUAUGUUAUGACAAAGUUAUUUACCCGUGUGUUUGCUUCACUUCCAGAUGAUGUAAAGCUUGAUGAACAACUUUCUCAGAAGAUGGCUCUUGUUCAGCAAUUCGUUCGGCCUGAGAACUUGGAUAUUAAGCCGGCCUUUCAGAAUGAGACAUCAUGGCUGCUUGCACAGAAAGAGUUGCAAAAAAUUAAUAUGUACAAGGCUCCAAGAGACAAGCUUGUGUGUAUCCUCAAUUGUUGCAAGGUUAUCAAUAAUUUAUUGCUUAAUGCUUCAAUUGCUUCAAAUGAGAAUCCUCCUGGAGCUGAUGAUUUUCUUCCUGUGUUGAUUUAUGUUACCAUAAAGGCAAAUCCUCCACAGCUGCACUCGAAUUUAUUGUAUAUACAACGUUAUAGACGUCAGUCUCGAUUAGUUUCUGAAGCAGCCUACUUUUUUACGAACAUGCUGUCUGCUGCGGCUUUCAUCUCAAAUAUCGAUGCAAAAGCCCUUUCAUUGGAGGAAACCGAGUUUGAGAAAAACAUGGAGUUUGCUCGAGCUCUUCUGUCAGGCCUUUCAACAGAUUUGGAUGGUCUGUCCAGUCAAAUUAACCAACUUGCUGGACAAGAUCAGAGAGAACCAACUGAAUCCAGACAUCACACUCUUAAGGAGGACCAUGCUAAUAGGCCUAAAUCUUCUGAUGGAAAAUCUUCAAGUAAAGAUCAGUCAUCAAUCUCUAAAGUUCCAUCCAUCUCAGAAUUGGAGAAUAGAGGGGCGACUAUACUUCUGAAGGAGGAUCAAGUGAGUAAAGUGUUUCAAGAGUGCCCAUACAUGUUUGCUCAUGCCGGUGAUUUGACAGUAAAAGACGUUGAAGAGCUGCUAAAUAACUAUAAACAACUGGUGUUCAAGUAUGUUUGCCUUUUGAAAGGAUCAGAUGGUGCUUCUGCAUCUUUUCCUUUGUCUAAGUCACAAGCUCAAGCCCAGCAACAUGUUGAAACAGUCAAGGAAUCUCAAGAUCAUAGGGCAAUAGCACAAAAUAUUGGGUUGCAAAGCAAUACUGACAAGGAGGAGGAUGGCCCAACUAGAACUUCUAAUCAAGAAAAUACAAACUCCGAUUUACUAAAGGAAGAGGCUGUUGGAUCCUCGGAAUACAGCCAUGAUGACACCUCUAAACAAUAGCCUAAGUUUGUUGCGGUAACUGAGUCACUAUGGUUCUUUUGCUCCCUUUAUGUGCUGAACAGAAUUAUGUCAUAUUACUCCAAAUUAGAAGGCAAUGGCAGACCAUCAUUUUAACUUUGAACUCAAAAAACCAUUUUGCCAUCUAGUGAGAGAGAACCUGAGACAGUGGCGAAAUUCGCUUUUGGUUCGUGAAGUGAUCAUGCCCAGCAAAUGCAAGUUGUGCAGUAACUCCGAUGAUUCAAUAUUGCCAAACCUUGUUUACAGCACACAUGAUGAUGAUAGGUACGAUUUUUUCUUGUGUUAUCUUUUUGUAUACCAUGAGUUUGGUUCAUUCUAAAAAGUAGGAACAUGUGAACUGUGGGCACUUAUGUUUUGAAGCAAGGUGUGGCAACCUUUUGAAUUAUACACCAAUGAUGUCACGUUUCGAUAAUUGGCUCCAGGAUUAGGUACAUUGAACAUCCCUGGUUUAUUUUAUAUAUAUAUAUAUAUAUAUAUAUAUAUUCUCGACUAAUAAUUUGACUUUGUUUUUUGUUUUAUUUGCCUUUA